CCUAAAACGACUAUAAAUACAGAAUAACAAAUUCUUAUCACUUACAGCACUUGUGAUAUAGACUUGGUCUCCGCGGGAUGCGUCAUAAUGGCCAAAAAAGAAUGACGAGCUCGUUGUGCGAGCCCGGCAAACGUUCUGCGAGUCGGGUGCCACGGGUGAUACAGAAAGCAAGAUAAAUCCUUCCUGAUGUGUUUUUCUGUCCUCCUUAAUUGCGCCUGAUAUACUUGUUCUGUUCAUAUGGCACCCGUUGUACGUCUGAAUAUGCUAAAAACAUACCUGUCUGUGGCAUGCGGGGCGUCUAUAAGGGAAGAAACAAAGACGAGAGCAACGGCUGAACCUUGAGAUAUUUCGAUGUCAGUUUUUGUUUCACUGCUGCUGUGUAUGUGGUGGGACUGUAGGGAUACCCUACAGCAUAUCCAAAUAGUCCUUCUCCAUCUAUCACCAAGGCCGCAGUCCUUUGUCCCAAACUCACCGCUCCGAAAAUUUGAGGAGUUAAGGUCUCUGUGAUCUUCUCACGGUCAUCCGAAACCUGGCGGCACAGAGAGUGGUGACAAUCACCUUGUUGUUGACUUUCCAGAACGAGGCAGGAUUAGAAAUUCUUCCUAUUUUUCCCUCUUCGUAUUCUAAUUUUCUUUUUGGGUUUUUUUUAUUCUUGGUUUUGCGUCUCUCGUAUUCUCUUUCUCUCUUUCUGUUGCGGGGGUUGUGUAUAUUGUAGUGAUCAUCCUUUCUCAUGAUCGGAACAGUCGCUUGUCGUUGCAGGCAACUUGCAUCACACAUUUUUUUUCUAUUCUGGAUUUUCAUUCUAUUCCCUUCACCUUGCCCACCUCGGCCCUUCUAUUCCACCUAGCCCCAGAGCCAAUUUCUCAUAAGUGUGAUUAUUAUACAUGAUCCAUAUAUACGUUCCGUACGGUUCAUUCUCUGACUGCCCAUGUGGUCUCGGAAACACCUGACAUAUUCCUUGCUCGAUCAGUUAUCAACAACAAUGGCCGCCACCACAGAUGGCGCGACUCAACAGGCCUCUGCAAAAGGCUCCUCCCCUCAGGAAUCUAUGUACGAAACCCCGGACCAGUAUGACAUGGAUGACAUCGAAGAUAGUCUCGACGAUGGCGCGGGGGAGGAAAUAGUGAGGCGGGGACAUACUAAAAAUGACCGAAAGGAUAUGAAUCGUAUGGGCAAACGACAGGAAUUAAUCAGAAACUACCGGCCGCUUUCUGCCCUAAGCUUUGCCCUCAUCCUGCAAGCUACCUGGGAGUUUAUGUUGAUAUCUAACACUGAAGGACUUAUCAAUGGCGGCCUCGCUGGGCUAUUCUGGUCGUAUCUCUGGACCUUCAUUGGUUUUGGUUUCGUGAUUUUCUCUCUUGCAGAAAUGGCCUCUAUGGCACCAAUCUCUGGAGGUCAAUACCAUUGGGUCUCUGAAUUUGCAUCAGAGAAACAUCAGAAGUUCUUGAGUUACAUCACGGGAUGGUUAUCAGUCCUAGCUUGGCAAGCUGGCGCAGCAUCUGGAUCGUUCCUCACGGGAAAUAUUAUUCAAGGCCUUCUAACUGUCAACAAACCGGAUUAUGAAGCUACCCCUUGGCGGGGCACCCUACUUGUCUUUGCGAUGGUGGCUCUAAUUUACGUUUUCAACAUAUGGGUGGCUCAAGGCCUGCCCAUGAUCCAGAAUUUGCUCCUUGUUGUCCAUAUCUUCGGUUUUCUUGCCGUCGUGGUUGUUUUAUGGGUCAUGGCUCCCCAUCAAUCCGCUCGAGCAGUGUUUACAGAGUUCCGAAACGGUGGAGAUUGGCCAAGUGUUGGAGUCAGCGUUAUGGUCGGGCAGCUCUCUGCCAUAUAUGGAGGCUUGAGUGUUGAUGCAACUGCACACAUGGCAGAAGAAGUCAAGGACGCUGGAAGAAACGUACCCAAUGCGAUUGCUUGGGGGUAUAUGGCAAAUGGAAUCCUAGCCAUCAUAUUUAUCGUCACCUAUAUCUUCUCGAUUCCAUCCGUGGAGGACGCUCUUAACGACCCCUCAACAUUUCCCUUCAUCUACGUAUUCCGCAACGCUGUGUCCACCAAGGGAGUUAACGCACUCACCAUUGUCAUUCUUGUAUUAGUUAUUGCAAGCAACGUUUCCUUUAAUGCCUCUGCAUCCCGGCAAACGUUCUCUUUCGCUCGAGACAAAGGCCUCCCUUUUGCCAAAUGGCUUUCCGCUGUCCACCCAAAGAAACAUAUCCCGGCCAACGCGAUAUUUGUUUCCUGCCUUAUCAGUGUACUUCUCUCGCUCAUCAACCUGGGAUCAAGCGCCGCAUUCCAUGCCAUUAUAUCUCUCAAUGUUGCUGCUCUCAUGGCCACAUACGUCGUCUCGAUUAGCUGUGUGCUCUAUCUUCGCCUUACACGCCCAGAGCUGUUACCCCACGCGCGCUGGAGUUUGGGUCCAGUCGUUGGUCCAAUUGUUAAUGGAAUUGGCCUCGGGUAUGUUCUGUUCGCACUCUUCUGGUCAUUCUGGCCUGGAGAUCGACAUGUUACUGUAAGCAAUUUCAAUUGGAGCAUUGUCAUAUUUAGCGGCGUGGUUAUUAUCAGUCUUGUGAUGUACUUUGUGCAAGGCAGGAAGACCUACACUGGACCCGUUACCACCGUCGUAGGGAGACAUUGAAAAAAGCCCAAAAUAUUUCAACAAUCAGGACUGAGAUCCCAUUGCAAGAAAUGGCCAGCGCAUUGUACAGUACAUACAUGUACCGUUUCUAAUAUAAGUGCUUUAUUUCCGACUUCCAUUUAACAGGAGUUUUAAAUCAUUAUAUUCCAAUGGUGCAUUGUGGAGUGCAUUCUUUUCUUUUCUUCGUUUAUUUUCUCUCAUG